GCCGCAUCAUUUUAGAUCAGUGCCUCUUGUGAGAAGUGUUGAAUGAAGUGAUUUGAUCGGAUAUUAUUAUCGCAAUGUAUCCAAAAAUUGAACCUGAAAUGAAUAAUAUGUCUGGAGGCAGAAUUUGCGAAACCAAGAGCAAGACGCAGCCGGUCAAAAAAGAAAUGAACUGCCAGCAUUUGUUUCCGAAGACCACCAGGAUGACCAAGAAUUUCCUUGAUAAAGUGCAUGUUGCAAAACUGGCGAAAGCCGAGACUUAUGUUUUGGCAGAUGAGUCCAAAUUCAGGACAAUCAUGGUAAUUGCAGCUUUGGUUAUUCUAUUCCUGUUCAGUUUCGUUGGAAUUAUCUUCAUGUGGUACACAGAUGGUUUCAACAAUAUAGUUUACUCAAAUAUGAUAAUAAGGAAAGAUGCUCCUGGUUUUGAAAUAUGGCGAAAACCUCCAUUCAAUAUCCUAGUGAAGGUUUACCUUUUCAACUAUACCAAUAUAGAUAGAUUCGAGGAAGGACUCGAUGAAAAACUUAACAUUGAAGAAAAAGGGCCAUACGUUUAUGAGGAAUCAAUGGAGAGAGUCAAUCUGAAAUUUUCCGGAAAUCAAGUUUCUUUUCAAUUCAAGAAAUCCUACACAUUUAGACCUGAGCUGUCUAAAGGAAGACAAAAUGACAUGUUCGUAGUGCCAAAUAUAUUCCUUCUGGCUGCCACCGCACUCCACAGAUACUCCAACUUCUUCACCAGAUUUACCGUGUCCAGUGGUUUGAACGGUUUGAAUUCGAAGGCCUUCUUGAAUUUGCCAGCUGAUCGAUAUAUCAUGGGGUAUGAUGAUAGGCUUUAUACGUUGUCGAAGACCAUCAUGAUUUUCCAAGACAAGAAGUUGGUCGAUAAACUUGGAUUAUUCAGCAAAACUAUUGGAGUAUCAGAUGACGUUAUUACAGUACACACAGGUCAAGGUGACAUAGACCAGAUUGGAAAGAUUAUUAGUAUUAAUGGAAAAGACAGGUCAACCUUCUGGAGUACAGAAGAGUGUAACAGCUUUCUUGAUAGCACCGAUGGUACGUUGUUCUCACCGAAAGCAGUAAGCCAGAAGAAACCACUGAAAGUCUUCCAAAAAGACAUGUCUCGAAACGUGGACCUGGUGUUCAAGAAAGAGAGCACUGUGUUGGAUGGUGACAUCCCAUCGUAUACUUAUGAAAUACCAGAUAAUAUAUUUGAUUCUCCCGACUAUUAUCCCCAAAACCAAUGCUACUGUGAGAUGGACGGAGGCACCUGCCCUCCUCAUGGACUGUUUAAUACAACAUUGGCUGCAAUGGGUGUCCCUAUUUUUGCCUCUCAUCCCCACUUCUACAGGGGAGACCCAAAGUUGACAGAGGGCAUUACAGGGCUUAAUCCAAAUGGAAGUCUGCAUGGAUCUAGCUUUGAACUUCAUCCUAGCAUGGGCUUCCCGAUGAGUGGCAGUACGAAGUUUCAGUUCAACACGCAGAUAUUGAAGAUUUCUGAGUUCUCCCAACUCUCCAUGUACCGAAACGAGCAGAUCUUACCUUUAGCAUGGGUCGAUGUGAGCAUGAAAGACAAGAAUUUGCCACAAGAAAUAAAGGAUUUAAUCGCAACAUCGACACACACGGUAGCAUUGAUCAAAAAUAUCCUGAAAUACGGAAGCAUAAUUAUGGCAAUCCUGACUUUGAUACCGAUAGCUGUCAAUAUAAGGUAUAAAAUGACAAAUAAACCCAGAAGAGAUAGUGCCAUGCCACUACGCAAACAAGAAUUGGAAGUGGACGUAUAAAAGAAACAGGGGAAUGUGAACUGUGGAUGUGGAUAUUGAAUGAGUAAAUCACAUUGAAUACUCUUAAUAUAUGACAUAAUUAUAAAAGUGCCAUUUAAAUGAUAUGGGUGGAGAAAUUUAUAUGGUGCUAAUAACUUCACGAGUGCCACCAAUUUUUGAUACUCAAUUCUCUUAUCUGUGAUUUCCGUCCAAAAUCAUAAUUGUACUAAAAAAUUAAUAUUCUCAUUCUCCGUGGAAAUUUUUAACUGUUUUCUGUGAAAACAUUGUGAUAUAUUUUUAUCAAACUCUAUAAUUCUAUGUUGUUAGGAAUCAAUCAACCGAUGGUACCAUGAUCAACUAAGGAAUUAAUUUUAUUCUGAUAUAAUUUCAUCGGAGAAGAGAAUGUAGAUAGUUCCAAUAACUCCAAGAAUUUUUUUUUCAUAGAGAAUAUGAAUUCUUAUUUUUAUAGUAUAAGUAGGUACUCAAAUUUUUAUGUACAGAUUGAAUAAAAUUAAAAAAUGUUUGGUACAAUAUAUAUACAUAUGUAUCAUUUUACUUAGAAGUUUGCUUCAACAGCAAUUUGUUCGAUUUGAUUUGUUAUUGAAGUAGUUGUUAGUUGAUAAUGAGAUUGUUGAGAUUUCAUCCAGAAUGUACGAGUAUAUAUGUAUCCUGUACUACCUAUAAAAGUUUCAGGCUAAAACUCUAUACCAAACCGUACAUUUAUUUUAAUUUUUUUUUCAAUAGAUUUAUGCUUGCUUACAGAAUUAUAUCAAGUCUGAUCUCUUUGAUAAAAUAGUUAAAAGUUAAGUGAGAUUUAAGUGUAGUAAGUGUCGAACAGAGACUGAUUAUUGUUAUACUUAAUUUAUAGAAAUAUAUGAUCCGUUACA